AUGUUGAUUUUUGCGACGGUCUUCGCCGUUUUUUAUAUCAGUGCUGCAAGUACUUUAAAAAAGUGUGAUGACUGUAUUCCUAUAAAUCAAUGUGGGCCCGCAUUGCAGCGGGUUCUUGUCGACAGAAGUCCGGAAACAAAGAGGCUAGUGAGAAACGCUUAUUGUGGUCAUGAUAAAUUACCGAAGAUUUGCUGCUCAGAGUUUGAAAUAACGCCGUCUAUUCUUCAAAGGAACAAUGAAUAUGAUGAUAGUGAUGAUAUCGAAGAUCAUCCCAAUGUCAAGCUUCUAUCGGAAGAUUGCGGUGAAAUUGAAGGAAAUCGCAUUUUUGGUGGAAGUACAGCCUCUCUGUACGAGUUUCCUUGGAUGGUUCUUAUCUCUUACAGAGCACACUGCGUCAAGAACAAGAACAUCGCCGGGGUCAGAGUUGGGGAAUAUGAUAUCAGUACACGUAUUGACUGUACAGGAGAAGAAGAAAUUCGUGUUUGUGAAGAUAGAAUUCAGGAUAGACGUGUUGCAGAAAUCAUCUGUCAUGAUGAAUAUGAUGUCGUUCGAAUGGCGAUAAACGAUAUUGCUUUACUUCGCCUGAGCCGACCCGUUGACUUAACUUAUAGUAAGUUUUUAAGAACAAUAUGUCUGCCAGUUAUGAAAAGCUUACGUGAAAUGGAUUUAUAUGGUGAAACAGCUACAGUUGCCGGUUGGGGCACUACUGAGAAUAAUCAAAAUUCUGAUGUUCUACUUAAAGUUGAAAUACCCAUAUUCUCUCCCGAAACAUGUGGAGCUUAUUAUAACAGAAAUCAAAGAACUGAUCCUACUGGCAAGUUGAGACAUAGACUAUGUGCCGGCGAGACCGGUCGAGAUUCGUGCCAAGGCGACUCCGGCGGUCCCCUCAUGCUUGAAGGCGAAUACAAUGGCACAGACAGAUAUAUCCAAUUUGGUAUCGUGUCUUACGGUCCGUGGCAGUGUGGUUUAAAUGCCCCAGCCAUAUACACAGAUGUCAGAAAGUAUAUGAAAUGGAUUUUAGAUACUAUCAAACCAUAG